UUUCUCGAGCGUUGGUUACGGCGGUGGGAAUAUAGAGCGAGAGAGAUGAGUCGAUGGCGGAGGAGAAGCCCAAGAAACAAGCCCCUCUUCUUCCUCUCUGUUGCCCUUCUCGUCCUCUUCGCCCUCUUCCUCGCCUUUUGCCUCUCCUCCACCGCCGAUGUCCUCCGCUCCUUGCUCCCUUCGUCCUCCGGAACCCUCGACGCUGCUCGAUCCACCCAAUGCGGCUUCUCCCUCCGCGGCGAGCGAUUUCUCUGGUUCGCCCCACACAGCGGGUUCAGCAACCAGGUCUCCGAGCUCAAGAACGCCAUCCUCUUCGCCGCCAUCUUGAACCGCACCCUGAUCGUGCCCCCCGUGCUCGACCACCAUGCCGUCGUCCUGGGUAGUUGCCCCAAGUUUAGGGUCUCCAGCCCCACCGAGCUCCGGACGGCAGUGUGGGAUCACAUCAUGGAGCUCGUUCGAGAUCGGAGGUAUGUAUCAAUGGGAGACAUAAUUGAUCUGUCUGUGGUGACAUCAUCUAUGGUUAGAACAGUUGAUUUUAGGAUAUUUGCUUCAGCUUGGUGUGGGUUAAACAUGGAGCAAGCUUGCUCUGGUGGCUUAUGUUGUGCCAUUUCUGGCAUAAAAUCUGCUGUGGGAAAUUUUGAUCAGUGCAGAUCAUUGCUAUCUGGCUUGCAGGGUAAUAAUAACCAGUGUACAUAUGCUGUAGAAGAUGAUUGUAGGACAACUGUGUGGACAUACCUUCAGGACAAUGAUGAAACGUUGGACUCGUUUCAGGCCGGCAAAGAGUUGCUGAAAAAGAAGAAAAUUUCAUAUGUUAGAAAACGUAGAAGUAUCAGUAAAGCUCUUGGGCCUGGAUCAAAAGCUGCAAUGUCCCCGAUCCUGGCUUUUGGAACGCUCUUUUCAGCACCUUACAGAGGUUCUGAGUCGUAUAUUGAUAUUCGUGAAGUGCCAGGAGACCCACGAAUACAAUCUUUGCUCAAGAAAAUGGAAUUUAUUCCUUUUGCCCCAGAAAUCCUGGCUGCAGGGAAGGAGUUUUCUCUGAACAAAAUUAAAAAGCCUUUUCUCUGUGCUCAGCUUAGGUUGUUAGAUGGGCAAUUUAAGAACCAUUGGAAGACUACAUUUUCAACUCUGGAGCAGAAGUUGAAGUCCCUAGAACUGAAACCAAAUCAAAGGAUACUAAGUGAUCCUAUUAAUAUUUUUCUCAUGACAGAUCUUCCUUCUGUAAACUGGACUGGUACUUACCUGGCGGACCUUGCAAAAGAUUCAACAUAUCAACUAUAUUCCAUGGAAGAAAAAUCUGAAUUGGUCAUGGAGGCAGCCAAGAGACUAAUGGCAUCAGAAAAUGGUAUCAGGUCUAGUGUCCUUCCAAGAAAUUAUGAAGGAUCACGGAAGAAGAAAGCUUGUAACCAAGUGUUAUUACCAGAUAUUCUUUUGUAUAUAGAAGAAUCAGUUUGCAGCUGUGCAUCACUGGGGUUUGUGGGGACUGCUGGGUCGACAAUAGCGGAAAACAUAGAGCUGAUGAGGAAGAAGAACACCUGCAAGUUGUAGGGCAUCUUUUCAUCAUUCUUAUGUUGGUAAUACGGUUAAACAGUUCCUUGUCAUUGAUUUCACAAUAAACAUGGAUGAACAGUCUGGAUACAAUCAUUCAUGAGAAAAAGAUGCUUUUUUUUUUCAGGAAGAACAUGAAAUACUUGAAACAGUGUUUGAGUGAGAUUUACAUCUGAGGCAGCAUUCUUGUCUUUGGAACUCUGUAGAAGGGAAUGAAGCUAAGUAGUUGAUCUCAGCUUUAGGUGCAAAGCACAACAUCAGAAGGAAUCGACACAUGCCCCGUUUUUUGUCUGAGCAGAAGGGAACAAUCAGCUCUCAUCACUUAUGGACAUAUAUAUUUAUAUAGAAGUUUAGUUCUAAGGAUAUUGCAAAAAGGACAAGCUUCAGCAGUUCAGCUAUUGAAAACCGAUGAUGCUUCAUCCCCAAUUGCUUUCAAAAUGAGUGUACUUAAUCGGUUAUCAAAUCUGUAUUUGAUUUUUCAUGGUCUACUUUGUCACUGAAAGCUUGUUUUUGGUAUACCAUUCUAAUGUUUGUCCAAAGUUUACUGUAAGAUGCAUAUCCUGGUUCAACAUUUUUAACUGUGGAUCCUUUCAAAAGUCUGAUUUUAAUUGUGCAAUGCAGCACUGACAGUUUGGGAAGGAUAUCUAGAUACCAAAGGCUAGAUUGCUGCAAUGUGGAGUACCAAAUAAAUACUGGUUCAUGAACUGCAUGACGGGAGAAGGAAGGCUAUGCCAUCAUGUAUUUGCCCACCCUAAGAUGAAGUUAAUGUCGUCACACCAGGAUCAAGAAAUUCUAAUCUUUACCUCUGAAGAAUUUCCUUAUGGAACCAGUUGCAUUCAGAUCAAAUGGCUGAAUUGUAGAUUGUAAAACUGUUAGCUCCAUCUUUUCAGUUCACUGACUUCACAUGAAUGCUACAAGUUGAGACACCUAUGACUCAGUUAUUGGCUACUUCUUUAAAUGUUGGUCUAGAGCAAACUCAGUGGCUGUUGUAGUCCUCCUCUCUCUCUCGGCACACGGAUCUGCCAACCUAUUAGCACGCGGAUCGCUCACUAAUGGUAUGGUUCUUGGACCUCGGAGUUAGGAUGCAGAGAGGGUUGUGCAUCUUGAGGCUGGACAAGUGCGUGGGAGGGCGAUGGAGCUUGUCGGGAGGGACGUGACGGUGGCAAAGGAGAGUGACCAAGUGAUGGGCGUCAACGCAAAAGGUGAUGGAGAGGAUCGAUGAGGCGUAAGGGUUGGAUGAGGCCGAUCCCAUGUCUUACAGUAACCUUGUGUUCCAAGGUGAUGGCUUGUUAUUAAUGCAUGGAGACCAUCAAGUCGUGCAUGGUGAGAUUCAUUGCUUGGGGUCGCAAGUCCUAACCGAUCAUGUCGAGUCAACUAACCCACAUCCGAUGGCCGCUAUGGUUGAACCAAUCCAUUUUCAUCGAAAGUGGUCUUUAAUUGCUAUUUAUGCCCUGACUCGUUUACUAUAAAUAUCACGUUAGAGUU